AUGCAUGAGCCCAAAGUUGAACAGCUGAUGGGCAAAUUGAGGAGGCUGCAACAAGGUAAAAGAAUCCUGGAAGAGGAAAUCAAGGAGAUCAAAUGCGUCAGUGACUCUUCGCAAAAAGAACUGGCAUCUUUGCAAACUGAAGCUUACCAACUGGAAGGAAUCCUUAAAGAAAAAGAAGAGCUGUGCAGGAAGCUUCAGUUUCAGAGUGCGGAGUCUGAGCAGGACUCGGUCAGGCAGUUAAAUCAGAACAGGAAAAGUGAGGAACUUCUGGAACAGUACAGAUGUGAAAUCCAGGAAUUCAAGCUUAAACACCGGAAGCAGCGGAUGAAGUUUGAAAACCAACUUCUUCAUCUGAUAGAGCAGCAUAAGAACCUGCACUCUGUCUUUUCUCCAGAAAGGCUCCCAGAUGAAAUCACAAGUGCUGAGAAUAGAAGAAGUCAGCUGUUGGCAGCCGAACAAAUGAAGUUGGCUCAGCUUCAUCGCCUCCAAGAGGAGCUGGAAGAGAUGGAGAAACACAAGCAGCGAGCGACCACAGCUGCAGAGACUCAGGGGGAGUAAAACGGUGC